AACGUUUGGGCCAUGAAUGUUGGCAUAUUUGCCUUUGUAGCUCAAAUAGGAGUGAUAGCAUACUUGAUCAUUGAAACCGAUUCAGAAAGAGCUGCUACUGUCUUCUACGCAACAAGAAUGCUUUCAGCAAUCUUAAUCACUUUACUUUCUGCUUAUGGAUGGUAUACACUGGGUCGUUGUAAGAGGGGAAGCGUUUCAGCAGGACUCGAUCUGGAUGUAGUUCUCCUCCUCAUAGCGACUAUUGGAGCUUUUGCACUUGCUUUGUUCAGAUGCCUUGCUGGGCUUGCCAGCUUAGGAGAGCCAGCCAAGAUAGGGCUAGCCAAACUAAUUGAGCUAGCCAAAUCAAAUGACGUAGCCAAACUAACUAAGCUAGCCAAAUCAACUGAAUGGGUAGCCAAACUAAUUGAGCUAGCCAAAUCAACUGACGUAGCCAAACUAAUUGAGCUAGCCAAAUCAACUGACGUAGCCAAAUCAAUUGAGCUAGCCAAACUAAUUGAGCGAGCCAAUUCAUCUGACGUAGCCAAGCUAAUUAAACUAAUUGAGGGAGCCAAACUAACUGAUGAGGAACACACUUACUAUGAACUUAUAGUGUUUUUCGCUGAAGUUUUAGUUGUUGUGGGAAUCCUUGCUCAAACUGUUUUCAUCAGCAAGGCUCUGCAUCGAGAACCAGGAGAGCAUGGACUAAUCACAACGACUUCGAUGGCCAUGUUCAUGGGAUGGCUGAAUUUUGGCUUGUGGUUAGGCAAAACCGUCCAUCUAGAGGGAACGGAUUAUUCAAUAUACCACUGUGGAACAAUGAUGGCGAUAGAUAGCUUACAAUUGAUAAGAUAUGGUAAACAUUCAUGGCUGAUAUUUGUCCUCUUAUGCUUUCCCUUUGCUAUUUUCUAUCGAAUUCACAGCGCUGUGGUACUCUACAGAGUCUCCAAGAUACACAGGUACGUCAAAGAAGUCGAAGAGGUCGAAUCACCUGCUACUGACGAUAUCGAGAGACAGAGGGAAGACAUUUCCAACCGCUUGGCGAACCUGAAACGAGAACAUGAUAAAGUGACGAGUGAGUGGAAUGAAUUUCGCCAGAAUCGACGUCCUCUGGUGCAGCAGCAAUUACGGCAACUUGAAGAACUUAACCAGACAAUGAGGAAUGACACACCUUGAUACUCGAUAUCAGUGACAGCUUGUGUGUGUGUGUGUGUGUGUGUGUGUGUGUGUGUGUGUGUGUGUGUGUGUGUGUGUGUGUGUGUGUGUGUGUGUGAGGAAUAGUAGACAGCUUGGUGACUUGACAUUGUUCAGAUUAGCAAAUAUUAGCACUUUAAUAAGUCAUAUCCAACUUUAUUCAUAUUGCAGCUGUUAGCAAUAAAGCGAUUGUGGAGUUGUUACUGUAACGGCAGUUUUUCAAUUGCGUCUAAUUAAAAAUUUUCUAAUUAAAAUUGUCUGUUUUUGAUUGAAUUAAGAUUAGAUGGAAAGUCAUUAAUUUCACGUGUGGGGGUUACUAGUUACACACACUGUUGCAAAUCAGAUAUUUGCAACCCGAACGCGCAUGCGCUGGACCAACGACAUCAAUAAUUAUUACAACGGAAAUAGUCGGGAAAUUUUUGGAAUAGGCAUUUUAGUUUAGUCAAGUGUACAUACAGUACUGUAGCUAAUUCCAUAGCUAACUUUAGCGGUUAGAGAGAUUUCCCUUUCGCAUGUAAACGGAGCACUGACGCAACGACGCAGACCUCACGGGACUUCCCUGCCUGUAAUGAGUUCCAGAUGAUCACCUCACAACACGUUUGCUGGAUGUAGUCUUUGCGCAACUAAUUCUACGGUGUUGUGUUUGUCGACUAAUGGCAGGAGUCACGCAGGACGUUCCAAUUCUGAUUACCGACUUUCGAGUUCAAGGAAGGUCUUAACCUGGGGGAAAACGACGCAAGUCAGUGCACAGGCCUCCUCUUAGAGCCUGUCUUCUCUAGCCAGGUGUGUCUACACCAAGUGUUGGGAUUCUUGUUUCUAUUUCUAGUGACGUGCAGCUGGCAAAACUAUGUAGAGCUUGCACGUGC